UUGAACCAACAUACUGAUAAAGAAUGUAAGUGUGUAGCUGUCCUGUUAUUUUGUAAUAUAUGCAUAAUUAUUUUCAGUGAAUGAGUACCCUUAAUAAUUCUUGGCUGUCACUUAUUAUCUUUCAAUUUUAACACUAUCUUUCUAUAUCUUUUCAUAUCAGUACACAGCACUUAUGUUUGCCUGUCUCUCAGGAUCUGUGGACACUACAAGAGUAUUACUCGAAGCAGGAGCCAAAGUUAAUGCAGAGAACAAUCUUGGACGGACAGCUGCUCAACUUGGAGCUUUUGUCGGGCAAAGUGACUGUGUUAGCCUCAUCAACAACUUUUUGGCAGUGGAGGAUUUGGAGUAUUAUACAAAGCCUCAAGGUUUAGAAAAAGAACCCAAGCUAUCUACAGCCUUGGUUCCCAUGCUACACAAAUAUGCUGUCAGUCAAAAAUUAAGCCCUGUGAAGAUAGCAAUGUAUCUACAGGACAACUUAGAACUUGUUACAAACUACAAAAGUCUGGUGAAAGUUAUGGAACUUAUAGUAGAGUCAAAUAUCAAGUCAUCUGAGAUGAAUGAAGUGCUAGCUAUGAAGAUACACUAUCUCGCAUUUACGUUAAAAAAGUGUGCACGCUGGCAUGAAGGGCUGGAUGGGAAAGAUGGAAUUGAUGGCUUCAUAAAAUAUAGAUUUGGAUUUACUCAGGGGCGUGAACCAACAGCUCUUACUGUACUCACUCAGAGUAUAAACGGCCUCCGCUGUGGUGAUUUUAGUGAUUGCUGUGGGGUUUGCACCGAGAAUCGAAAUGUGAAGAAGUGCUCAGCUUGUAAAACGGUUGGCUACUGUAGCGUCAGAUGUCAAAAGCUGCAUUGGCAAACACACAAGAAGUUUUGCAAGCAGUUAGCAAAGGAAUACGAAGAGAUGCUUGCCGCAAAGCUGGCGGAAGAAAAAUUGGACCAAGAGAUGAAGAACAAAGGUGUAAACAAGACCGUGGUCAAUGGAAAUGCUGGUGAAAAUUUGAACACUGAAAAUUCAGAGACUGAAAAAGACGAGAAAACAGAUACACAACCUCAUAGUGCUAUGAAUGGUACUAGCCCUGAGCCAACAGAAAACCAGACCAGUAGUGUUCCUGAAGAGAAAGCUUGACACCUCUAAACGUCCUUGAAGUUCCUGUUUCUAAUUUAUAAAAACGUAUCGUUAUGUUCACUUGUCACAAAUCGCCAUGUUCUGAAUUUUCAGAAGGAACAAAGUUUUUUUUUUUUUUUCGACGGAAAAGGUGCUAUUUCCUUUAAUGAAGAGCUAUAAAAACGUAUAGCGAAGACUUGUAAUGUACUUCUGGAGGUAAUUCUGUAAAUUUUAGGACAGCAAACGCCAACGAUUAAACAAAAACAGCAAAACUUA